AAAAAAGAAAAAAUUAAAAUAAAAAAGAAAUACUUUAAAAAAUAAUAAAAAAUAUAAAAUUAAUUUUAAAAUUUAUGAAAUCUCGUGUUUCUGAUUACUAAAUUAUUCCUUUUUGUCCAGUUCUUUAUCCUUCUAUCACGGAUUUUAAUGAAUUUUAAAGUUACAUAGAAAAAAUUGAAAAAGAAUAUUCUAAAGAAUAUGGAAUGGUUAAAAUUAUUCCUCCUUAAGGAUGGAAAGCUAGAUCUACAGAUUGUUAAGAGGCUUUAGGAAAUAAAAUAAUAAUUGACCCAAUAGAACAAAAUCCAUAAGGAAAAGAAGGUUUAUUUUAAUAAUUUUUUUAUUUCUAAUGUGUUUAUGAAUGUGUCCAUAUAAUUAGAAAAUCAAUGUCUUUCCGUGAAUAUAAAAAAAAAGCUAUAGCCUUUGAUAAAGUAACAGAUGGAAAAUCCAUUGUAGAAGUAGAAGAUUUAUUUUGGAAAAGCAUUUCAUUUAGUCCACCAUUAUAUGGAUCAGAUAUUUAAAUGUCUAUUUUUGAUGAAAAUGUCAAAUGGAAUUUAAAAAAUUUAGAUUCUAUACUAAAUUAAGGAUUAGAUUCUAAGAUUUCUGGUGUAAAUACUCCUUAUUUAUAUAUAGGAAGUUGGAAAACUCUAUUUUCAUGGCACAAAGAAGAUUUAGAUCUAUCUGGAAUUAAUUUUUUACAUUAUGGAAAACCUAAAUUUUGGUAUUGUAUUCCUAAAAGUGAAGAUUAUAAACUAGAAAACAUUGCAAAAAACAACUUUCCGGAUGCUUUUGCAAAAUGUAAUUAAUUUUUGCGACAUAAAACAAGUAUAAUAAAUCCUUAUUAAAUACUUCGAAAAUGUAAAGGUAAUAUAAAAAUGUGUAAAAUAGCAUAAAAUGAAGGAGAGUUUAUUAUUGUAUUUAGUGGAGCCUAUCAUACAGGAUUUAAUUGGGGAUUUAACAUUGCAGAAGCUGUAAAUUUCGCAAGUUUAAAUUGGCUUACAGUUUUUCAAGAAAGUAAACCUUGUAAAUGCCAUUUAGAUAAUGUGAGUAUUAAUCCUUAGAAUUUUAUUAAUAAUUUGUUGAAAAAAAGACCUGAUUUGAUAGGUAUUGAAAAAGUAAAGUAGUUUAAAUAGUGGAUUAAAUAAUAAUAAAUUUACGAAGAGCAAAACUUUUAGUCUUCUGAUAAAUAAUAUAGUAGUUUUGAAUAAAAAAAUAGAUAAAUAAAGAAUAAUGUAAGAAAGGUUAAAAUAAAAAAAAGUAUAAGGAAAAAAAAUAAAAAGAAUUGA